CCAGAGGAACCCCCCUUUCCAAAGGCUGUGCAAACUAGCCACAUUGUCCACAACGUGGGCAUUCGAUCCUGCGCAGCAAAUAGCUCAAUCUCUCUGUGUGUGGCGCCUAGAAUCACACACCCGCCAUAUUCUACUCCAUCCGUCAUUCUCUUGCCGUCCGGGCUUGCUCUGCUGGAACUUGUCAAUUCAGAACUCUUGAGGCUUGGACUAGUGCUUCGCCAAAGUUUGUGGACGGCAUAAACUCCGACCCAAGGUCACUUCACCACGUUACCAAUGGGAGAUGUUCAAUCCCCCUCCGGCGCUCCCGAGUAUCCUAUCGUGGAUUCUCAUCAAGUUCCGAACGCUCACCAGCAGUACGCCCCCCCACAGCAGCAUGCCUUCUCCUCCCAGCUGGACAUGGCACAGCAACCCGCAGCCGGCCGCCCCGGCGCCUUCAGCAUGAACGGUAUGGCGAACGCGCUGCCACAGGCUGCCAUGAGACACAAUCUCUACGCGCCCGGCGGCCAACAGCAGCAUCAGCAGCAGCGGUUCAGCCCCGCAACAUCCUCGCCGUCUAUGAUGCCGCAGAUGCCUCAGAUGGCUCCCCAGUACUCUGGCCAAGCCGCGAUGCCCAUGGGGAAUCCGCACUACUACAUGCCACAACAUCCGCAUAUGCAGCACUACUAUGUCAACCAGCUUUCCCCGAGCCAGCAACCAACUCGACCGAACAUGGGAUACUACCCGAACCAGAUGAUUAUGAACCACCCGCAAAGCGGUCACAUAUCCCAAGGAUACUACUAUUCUCCGGCCGGUCACUAUGCUCAGGGUCAAGCCAUCCCGAACUCAAUGGUGUCCGCGCAGUACAUGGGAGGGAAUAUGGCACAUAGUGACCCAAGAGGCAUGCCGCAAGUUUCGAACGGGGUUGAUCCCAAUAGCGCACAUGUUCCUUCAAGCCACAAGCCCAGCGAAACGGAUGACGGCCGGUCCGGUAUCGUUCGAGGGCCGCCGCGAAAGCCGCGUCAAAGUGGCCACGCGAUUUGGAUCGGAAACCUCCCACCCCAGACCGACUUGAUGCACCUAGUUCACCAUGUGUGCAAGGAAGCGAACGGCCUCGAGUCCCUAUUCCUGAUAUCGAAGAGCAACUGCGCGUUCGCAAACUUCAAAGACGAGCACACUUGUAUGACGGCCCAGCAGAAACUACACGACUCCAAGUUCCAGUCCGUACGUCUAGUCAGCCGCCUGCGCAAGAGCACCGUCGAAGGCGCAACUGGUGUUACGGCACCUACUGGUCCAGCAGCAUCGUCUGGGUCGCAAACUCCUCACGAUGCCACACCGCAGCUUGCAGACAAGGAGAACGCGUCAGAAGAGGCAACGUCCGAAACGAACGAGGCCAAAACAGUUACCACCGCCGUAGAGACGGCAUCCCAGAAGGACAAAUUUUUCAUCCUGAAGAGUUUGACAGUGGAGGAUUUGGAGCUCAGUGUCAGAACAGGCAUUUGGGCAACCCAGUCUCACAACGAAGAAACUCUCAAUUCUGCCUUCAAUGCGGUUGAUAACGUGUAUCUUGUCUUUUCUGCGAAUAAAUCGGGAGAAUACUUUGGAUAUGCAAGAAUGACUUCUCAGAUCAACGAAGACCCGGAUGCCGCGAUCGAGUUUGCUCCUAAGGCACAUUCUGUGGACGAUGUUGAUUUGCCCAAGGCGAUCCCAACUGAACCCACGGAAUUUGCACCCAAGGGCAGAAUUAUCGACGAUUCGUCGAGAGGAACAAUCUUCUGGGAAGCAGAACGCGAGGAGGGAGACAGCGGGGAUGAAGAGGAGGAGAACGAAGUGGACCAGAGCGACGUGAGCAGCCGGAAGAGCGGGAACCAGGAAGUGGAUGGCACCACGAAGGCUUGGGGUAAGCCGUUCAAGCUCGAAUGGCUGUCGACCGCACGCCUGCCCUUCUACCGAACCAGAGGGCUGAGAAACCCCUGGAACUCGAACCGGGAAGUCAAGAUUGCAAGAGACGGUACGGAGCUGGAGCCAUCGGUUGGGAGGAGGUUGAUUGGACUCUUCAACAGGGUGCAAAGUCCCGGGCCUGGAUCUGGGCCGGCUGCCAUGCGCCCCGGUAUGGCCAUGAUUGCAGGCUACCCCCCCAUGAGGCCACAGUACCAGCAAUAAGCCGAAUCAAGAUGAUCUCGUUAUGCGGGUGAUACGACUCUGAAGCAUUUUCUCCUGGUUAUCAGGCUUAUCUGGGUUCGGCUCUUGAAGGUUGAGAAAGGGUUGUUCAUAUUACUUGGGUAAUGGGCGCGUAGAGGCUAUGGCAAUCGAUACUCAUAUAUGGCUAUCUGGACAUUGGUUCUCACCGUACCUAAUCUGAUUGUAAUUCUGUGUGAGAGCUCCAUCUACACCUUUCAUAAUGCAAAAAGUGCGGGGGCGUUGUUUGGCUUAGCGCGUGUUUUCUACCGGUUCCGGACUUACCAGCCAGUCUUUACACAGAUCUGCUGAUACAGGCGAAGACGUUUGGGAACCAGUU